CUUUCGCUCUCUGGGCCACAAGUGAUCGGCGUUAACCGUUGUUUCAGCGGUUUUUAGCCAUUUCAGUUGCUGUUUGACUGUCGGAGAAGUUUGUUGUGCAUUUUUUUUUUUCGGUGCGGUAAUAGCUGUAUGUGUGAAAGUUGUUUUAACUAGCUGAUCAAUUAGUGGGCAGCUCAUCUGAAAAAACUAUAGUUUUUAAACGAAUUCUACACACCGAGGAACGAAACGCACGCACUGUAUCGCUCAUCCCUAGAAGAUUCCUUGGAGAGAUCGGAAAAUACCCACCAAUUGCAAGCUUCUUUUCAGCAACUUCAGCUGUUUCGUUGCCGAACUCGCCAGUGCCGUGCUAUUUAUAUUUGUUCUAAUUCUGUUCAAUUUCGGUUAAGUUGACAAAAAAUCUGAAAAAUAAAAUAAAAAUUGAAGCAACAAGUCGGCGACACAAACAAGCCAGCAGCGAGUCAGAGUGAGAGAGCGAGAGAAGACGCAGCGACGAAAGAAAUGUAGCAGAAAUCUUCCUCUUCUAAUGUUCUGUGUGCGGUGACGAAGUGACGUUGAAAGCAAGCGAGCCAAUAAGAAGAGGGGCAGGCGACGAGAAGAAGAAAGAGCUCAGAAACACAUAAAAACACCAGCUCACACACACACGCAAGCUGGCCAGAACUGUUAACUGAAACGCGAAACAACAACAAAGCAACAAUGAAUCAACCGGUUUGAAGAGCACCACGCCCCAAACCAAAAAACCCAAAUAUAUCCAUAACCCAGCAGUCCCUACGACCGACUUAAUCCCAGCCAGAGUUCGCCUCCAGGCGAUACACACACAUUUCUUUGGCCCAACGGAAGGCAGGACAGCUGCUGGAGAGAGGAGAGGAGUGGAGAGGAAGGACUCAGACAGCGGGAAAGCGGGGAUCAGCAGCACAGCGGAGCCAUGGACUGGGCCGAAGGUGAUCUGGUCUGGUUCGAUCCGGGCAUGGGCCAUCCCAUACCCGGCGAGAUCCAGGAGGUGCACCGAGCUGCCCAGGUGAUUGUUGUCCAGGCGCUCAUCAAAGGCAAGCCACAGACGUUCGCUUUGCAGCCCGGCGAGGGCAGCCUGCGGGCUCGCCAGGACCUGGGCAGCAGCGGCGUGGAGGACAUGACCCUGCUAGAUGACCUGCACGAGGCGUCGCUGCUUUGGAACUUGCGCCUACGCUACGACAAGGGUCUGAUCUACACAUUCGCCGGCAGCAUUCUGAUCGCCGUCAAUCCUUACAAGAUGUUCCCCGACGCCUACGGCCUCGAGGUGGCCAAACAGUAUGCCGGCCGCCCCCUGGGAUCCUUGCCUCCGCACCUGUUUGCCAUCGGAGCGGCUGCCCAUGCGGCCCUGCCCUCGCCCCAGGUGGUGGUUAUCUCGGGCGAGAGUGGCUCCGGCAAGACGGAGUCCACGAAGCUGGUGAUGCAAUACCUGGCCGCAGUGGUGCCCGGCGGCGGAUCCGCCUCGGCGGUCAUCACCGAGCAGAUCCUGGAGGCCGCACCCCUGCUGGAGGCCUUUGGCAAUGCACGCACCGCCCGGAACGACAACAGCUCCCGGUUUGGCAAGUAUCUGGAGGUAUACUUCAAGAGCGGCGCCAUCGUGGGGGCCAAGAUCACGCAGUACCUGCUGGAGAAGUCGCGCAUCGUGACCCAGGCGCCGGGGGAGCGCAACUACCACGUCUUCUACGAGCUCCUCGGCGGCCUCUCGGAGGCGGAGCGCUCCAAGUACGGCCUGCUGGAGGCGGACAAGUACUUCUACCUGAACCAAGGAGCCACGGACUGUGCCAGCGGUCGCGUCGACUGGGAGUCGCUGCAGGGUGCCAUGCAGGUCCUGGGCGUCUCCGAAGGCGAACGCGAGGGCAUUGUUCGUGUCCUGGCCGCCGUCCUGCAUUUGGGCAACGUUUACUUCCAUCGCCGGCAGCUGCGGCACGGCCAGGAGGGCGUCGAGGUGGGCUCCGAUGCGGAGAUCAAGUGGGCCGCCCAUCUGCUCCACAUCAAUGCCGAGGGUCUGCACCGGGCCCUCACCAGUCGCACCACGGAGGCACGAGCGGAGCGGCUCCACACGCCGCUGGGCAUUGACCAGGCCCUGGAUGCCCGCGAUGCCUUCGCGAAGGCCCUCUACGCCGGCCUCUUCAACUGGCUGGUGUCCAGGAUCAACUCGAUUGUGCAGAAGGGCGGCACCCACGAUGCCCACCGCAUCAGCAUCCUGGACAUCUUCGGCUUCGAGGACCUGGCCGAGAACAGCUUCGAGCAGCUGUGCAUCAACUACGCCAACGAGAACCUGCAGCUGUACUUCAACAAGCACGUCUUCAAGCUGGAGCAGGCGGAGUAUGCCCGCGAGCGGCUAGAGUGGACACCCUUGGCCUGGGACGACAACCUGCCGGUUAUCCAUCUGCUGGCCAAAAAGCCGGUGGGCAUUUGCCACCUGCUCGACGACGAGUCCAACUUCCCGCGUGCCACCGACCUGAGUUUCCUCGAGAAGUGCCACUACAACCAUGCGCUGAGCGAGCUCUAUGCCCGCCCGCGGAUCGGUGCCCAGGAGUUUGGAGUCACCCACUAUGCCGGCCAGGUGUGGUACUGUGUGGACGGUUUUCUGGACAAGAAUCGUGACGCCUUGCGUGGCGAUGUCCUGGAGCUACUCGCCUCCAGCCGCCUUCCCCUGGUUGGGGAGCUGACCAAGCAGCUGCGGGCCCAACGGGAUGCCGGCAAGACGCUGCCCAAGGGCAGCAAUGGUCGCUUCGUUACCAUGAAGCCAAGGACGCCGACAGUGGCCGCCAGGUUUGCGGACUCACUGCAGCAGCUGCUGCAGUCGAUGGGCCGUUGCCAUCCGUGGUUCGUGCGCUGCAUCAAACCCAACCAGGAGAAGCACGCCCUCCGCAUGGACAUGCCGUGUGUGCUGCAGCAGCUGCGCUACCUGGGCAUGCUGGACACCAUCCAGAUCCGGCAGCGCGGCUACCCGGUGCGCCUGCGCUUCCAGCACUUUGUGGAGCGCUACAGGCACCUCCUGGCGGCUCCCCUGGCCCGGGGCACGCCCUAUCGCGAGCUCUGCCGCGCCCUCCUGGAGGCCAUGCCGCGAACGGGCGUCGAGGGUCCGGACUAUCAGCUGGGCGCCACGCGAGUCUUUCUGCGCGAGGCCCUGCACCGGGCAUUGGAGAGCGGGCGCACGGAGCGGCUGCGUCGGGCGGCGGUCAGUGUCCAGCGUCAUGUGCGCGGCAUGCUGGUUCGCCGGCAGCUGGCACGUCGCCAGGCGGCGGCCACCAGGCUCCAGGCACGCUGGCGUGGUCAGCGAGAGCAGCAGCGCUUCGAGCGGCUGCGCAAGGGAGCCCUCACAGCCCAGCGAAUCUGGCGGGGACGCCAGGCCCGAAGGAGGGUCCAGCAGCUGCGAUCGGAUCACCGAAGGAGACAGGAGGCCCGGGAGGCCGCCCAGCGGGCACGCGAGGCCCGGGAGGCAAAGCAGGCGGUGCUGGAGAGGAGCCAGCUGAGCUACCUGGAAAUACCCGCCGAGCUGGCCUUCAUAUACUCGAAGCUGCAGGGCUGGUCACCGCCGCACGGCGACCGGCAUCUGGUCAAGGUGCUGGGCACGGUGCCGGGGCCACCGGCCUCGGCGGUCCAGCUGCCCGAGGAUCUGGGCCAGUUCUCCUUCGGCAAGUUCAGCAGCGUCUACUGCAACGGCCUGAGGCUGCAGCCGCGCCGGGAGCCCAUCACGGCGCCCUUCUUGUCGCGGGCCGCGUCGCGGGACCAGGACUUCCAGGACGCCCUGGCCGUCUUCAAGCUGAUCCUGCGCUGGAGCAACGACAAGUCGCUGGAGGGUGCCAAGGAGAAGCUGCUGGCCGACUAUAUUGUCCACAAGGCCCUGAGCUCGCGCGGAUUGCGCGACGAGAUCCUGGUGCAGCUGUGCAACCAGGUCCAUGGUCUGCCGCCCUCCUCCGUGGAGGCCACACGGCUGUGGCAGCUGAUGGGCCAGUGCCUAUGCUGCUUCCAGCCCAGCGCCGCUUUCAGCAAGUAUCUGAUGCGCUUCGUCGACGAUGAGGCGCCCGCCUCGCUGCGUCCGCUGCUCCUGCGCCAGCUGCUCCGGCAACAGGGCGGCGGCAGCGGCGGCUCCUCGCCCGGCGGCGCCAGUCGCAGCUUUGUGCCCGCCUGGCUGGAGUGGCGUGCUUGGACCAGGGGCUGCGACAUGGCUUUGCCACUGACGCUGCCCGACGAGGCCAGCCAGACGGUGGCCGUGGACUCGUGGACCAGCUGUGAGGAGGCUGCCGCCUUGGCCGUCUCCUCCCUGGGCGUGGCCAGCAGGGGUUGGACCCUGGUCCUGGAUGACGGUCAGCAGCUAACAGACAGCUGCGGAUUGGACUACGUGAUGGACCUGAUAGCGGAGAAGGAGCUGUGUCCGGCCUUCCCGGCUCCCAGGAGCGACCUGCUGCGAUCCGGGGCCAAGUUUGCCAGGACAACGCUGCCGGAGUCGGUCAAGAGACCGGCAGUGCCGCCGCCAGCUCCGCCUACUGCUGGAGCAGGCAAGGAGGAUGUCCCAAGGGAGCGUAGAAGCAGCCGGGAGCUGCUCUCCCGCAGCUCUGCCCUGAACGAACGGUACUUUGAGCGGGAACCCAGCCCCGGAGCUGGCCCAGGAUCGGGUCAGAGCCAGGCCAAGUCGCGAUCCAAGUCCCUGGACGAUCUGCUGGCCGGCGACAUAGCUCCGGUGCCGCCUGAUUGUGACUCCCAGGAGCCGCUGCACACGCUGGGUCUCUCUGAGAGCCGCCUCAACGAUCGCUACCACUCGGCGGAGCGACUGGCUCCAAUGGGCAAGGAGACGGCUCCACGCUACCAGAAGUCCCAGCAUGCCGGCCGCCGCUCCCAUGCCGCCUCCCACGGCUCCCAUUCCAGCAAGUAUGCCGACAAGGCGGAGUACGCCACCCGGUCCUCGGCCAUGUCCGACACGAGCGAGGCUCCCUCGCUGGCCUCGCACGUGCGUCGCGUAAGGGUGCCCUCGCAGGCCUCGGAUGUAGACCAGUUCCUGGACGACCUGUUCAGUCCCGUGCUGGAUGGCUCUCUGGACGAGCUCUCGGAUGCGCGCUCCCUGGCGGCCAGCAUUCGCGGCGGAGGAAUUUAUCAACUGGAGGAGCCCCUCGAGUCGGACAUCGAGAACCUGGAGGACUACAUCAAUGACAUAUUCCAGCCCAUCCAGAGCCUGAAGAAGUUGGCCAGCAAGGAGCAGCUGGCAGUGGCCAUCAAGGGGGGACACCCAGCCCAAUCCGAGGCAGAUUCCGAGUCGGAAAUAGAAGAUCUGGAUGAGUACAUCAGCGACCUGCUGCCCAUGGCCCAGGGCCUGGAAAAGCUUGGAAACAAAGACCAGCUGGCCGUGAGCAUUCGCGGAGGCGGCAGCACGGAGACCAAUGGAGGGGAUCCACUGAUUCACCAACUGAUGCAGCUGCCGGGCUCGGAGACGGAGUCCGCUCCGGGGCUGUACCAGCAGCAGGUGCAGCGCGCCUUCCUGCAGUCGGCCAUGGCCCAGAACCUGCAGAUCCAGCAGCAGCUGCUGGCCCAGAACCAGGCCCUCCAGACGCUGCUCAGCCAGCAGGCGGCGGCAGCAGCGGCGACUACCACAAGCUCCGGCUCACCGCCACCAGCUCCUGGGCUGUCCAUAUCGCCGCCGCCGCCACAAUCACCGCUGUCGCCGCUGCGCAUGAAGACCACCCGGAGCAGCCUGGUGGUGAUGGAGUCAAUGCAGCCGCCGGCCCCUCCACCACCGCCGCCCAUGCCGCCGCCGCUGGAAUGCAAGGACCCAUCGGAGACGCGCCACUUCCUUGAUCCCUAUGGACGGGCCAAGACCGUGAGGAUUGGCAAGUGGCGCUGGCCACCGCCGCAGGACGAGCCCCAGUUCCAGACCGAGGAGGACUUCUUUGCCUUCAAGAUGCGCCAGCAGCAGCGCAAGACAACGCCCCAGGCCCAGCAGCACCACCACCACCAGCAGCAGCAGCUGCUCCUGGCCGGCAGCGGCAGCAAUGGAUCCGGCGGAGCCACCGCCACGGCUAUCGAGUGGGAGGAGUUCGAGAUCGACAGCCCCACGCCGCCGCCAAUGAGUGGCCAGAUGAUGCGGAGCAGCCUGCGCUUGGAGACAACCACCACCACGACUUCCACGGCGGCCAUGAACAGCAGGGAGAGCAGGGACCAUAGGGACACGCAGGAUGUGCCCAUGCAGAGCGUGGUCACCACCAAGUUGGCCAAGAAGAGCUUUGAGAUCGGCGCCGAUCGCCCGCCGCCGGGCAGCGUGGGCAAGCUGAAGCUCAGCUCCGAGAUGAGGCAGCGGCUGGAGCAGGUCACCGCCGGGCACUCGGUCCGCUCGACGGUGUCCACCAAGUCGGAACAACGAGCGCCAGCCAAACUGGAGGAUACCCGCAAGCUCAUGCUGCAGCAGCAGCUGGGCGGGCUCUUUGCCAGCGUCACCUCAGGCGGCAAUUCCGGUCCCGGAGGAGGCUCAGGCGCUGGAGGAGGUGUCAGCGGCAAUGGUACCGACUCCCAUGCCACGGUUCGCACCCAGAUCGAGCGGAUGGAGGGCAAGCUAUCGCCACCGCCGGCUCCUCCCUCUGUCGGCUGGCCGGGAAUGCUGCCGCCGGCGCCCAGUGUGCCAGCACCGCCACCGCCCAUACGGCCUCCGAGCAUGGCGCCUCCAGCUCCGCCACCGGCACCGCAAAGUCCACCCACGGCCAGGAGUCCCGAGCCAGAGCCCGAUUACCGCACCUCGAGCGGUCAGCAGGCGGCCAAGGAGCAUGUGCCGGCCUUCAUCCAGCGCCAGGAGAGAGACACCUUUGGAGCAGUGCGUCAGCAGCAGCAGCAGCAACAGAUGAUGAUUACCAGCCACCACCUGCACCUGCACAUGGACGGCGAGCAUUCGGCUUCCUCCUCGCCGGCAGCCGCCGCUUGGGAGCAGUCGGAGCGGGAGAGGUCGCGCAGCCGGAGUCGCAGUCGCGACCGCGAGGACUACUCCGAGUCGGUGUGGGAUCGGGCAGAAGUGGAGGGCCCCGCCUCGGCCAGUGGCAGCGAGAAGGAGCGCGAGAAGCGGGAAAGAGAGCGCGAGCGUCUCUACGAGCUGCGCCAGGUGGAGCGCGAGCGGGAGAGCCACAAGGUGUACCAGCCGGCGCCGCCGCGGGUGAUCCAAGCCAGCCUGGACACCACCGGAAGACGUGAAGAGCGCGGCGGCGGUGGCGGCGGCAGCGGUUUGGCCACCUUCCGGACACACAUGGCCCAGAAGUACGAGCACGAGCGCAAGCGUAAGAGCUCAGCCAGCUCCGGGAUGCGUGAGGAGCUGGAUUCGAUGCAUGCGAUGACCACGCCGCCGCCCAUAGUGGUGCCAGCGCCAGUGCCACCGCCACCGGUAUCCACCAGCCCCGGUCCGGGAGUGACCACCUCCUCCGCGGGAGUGGGCCUGGGACUGGGAGCGGGGGCAAGCAGUGCCUGCCUGACCUACAACCGGGUGCCUUGGAAGCUGCGCGUGCGCAAGGAGGUCUUCCAGCCGCACGAACCCAUCGGGCCACCGGUGGCCCUGGAUCUGCUCUUCGCUCAGGUCCUGGGCGAUGUCUUCGGGGUGACACCCUGCCUGAGGAUCACGCCGCAGGAGAAGAGCUCUGCCUUGAACAUGCUGCACGGUCAUGGGGUGAGCGUGGACACGCUCUCAGCCCGCAGUAACUCUGGCGCUGCUGGAGGAGCUGGAGCUGGACAGCAGGUGCGUGCUCUGGUGAAGCGCCAUCUGGUGGACAUGGCCCGCGAUUGGCCACUGUAUUUCGCCCGCCUGUUCGCCGUGCAGGGCGCUCCCCUGUAUCCCGACGUGAGCAUCAUGGGCGUUUCGCACAGCGGCUUGUACCUGGCCCGCCGGGAUGCCGACUACCUGAUCGUGGUCCAGGCCAUCUCCUUCGGGGAGAUCCAGAGCGCCGUCACCCUGCCGCGUCCGGCUGCCCUGCAGCUGAAUCUGCGCAACGGCAAGCAUUUGGCGCUCCAUGCCGCCCGGGCAGCCGCCAUACAGUCGAUGGUCACUAGUUUUGUCCAGGAGUUCCGCAAGUCACAAUCGAAGGCCUCGACCCUUUCCUCGGGCGCUCGGGCCGCCGCCCAGACCCUGAAUGUGCCGCUGGAGCGCCUGGAAUCGCGCCAGGCGCACGCCCAGCGUUCCGAGCACACUCAGAACGAGUCCCAGCAGCAGCAGGCGGAGCUGCAUCAUCACCUGCAGCAUCAGCAGCAGCUGGAGGAUGCUUUGGAGGAGCAGCAACAGCAGCAGCAGCUGGUCGCCGAGCACCAUCAGCAGCAGUCGGGUCAGCGCUACAUGAAGCAGCAGAGCUACCUGCAUUCCGCCCGCAAGUCCAAUGCCGGCCAGCAGCAGCAGCAGCAGCCUGCCUCCCUGACCAAUGGCCAGGCUCAUCAGCAGGAGCAGCUUCAGCUGCAGCUCCAACAGCAGCAGCAGCAGCAUCAGUCACAGUCGCUGCCUCACCACGACCUGGAUGCCAACUAUCUGCAGGAGGAGAGCAACGGCGGCACACCGCCCUCGGUGACCAAGUACUCGUUGCUCCAGUUUGCCAUGCAGCACUUCCGCAACGAUCAACUGAGGGACGCCGAUCGGCAUCACGAGCGGCAUCAGUCCUCCGCCGCCAAUCGCUCUUACGCAGAGCUGGUCAAGUGGCAGGGCCAUGCCAUACGCCUGCCGCUGCUCCGUCUGCCCAAUGACCUGGCGCCGCUGGCUUUAGAGUGCUUCGACUGCAUCCUGCGCUAUUGCGGCGACAUACCGCUGGAUCCCGACCUCACCGAGGUCAAGUGCGUUUACACUGUGCUAAUGCACUGUCACAAGUAUCUGGCGCUGCGCGACGAAGUCUACUGCCAGCUCAUGAAGCAGACAACGGCCAAUAGGUCACCCUGUCCGGAUAGCUCGCAGCGCGCCUGGCGUUUGCUUAGCAUCCUGGCGGCAUAUUUUGGCUGCUCGGAUGCCCUGCGACCCUACCUGAUGGAGCAUCUGACUUCGGCCGCCUCGGACAGGCGACGCUCCUGCCAUGGCACCGCCGCCGUCUGCCUGACGAAUCUCCGCAAGACCGCCCGCUGCGGUGGCCGCAAGAAUGUGCCCAGCGUGGAGGAGGUCACGGCCGUAUCCGCUGGACGCUCGGCACGGAGACAGAUCUAUCGAUUGCCUGGUGGAGCCGAAAGAGUGGUCAAUACAAGGUGCUCCACGGUGGUGGCCGAUGUCAUUGCCGAGCUGUGCGCCUUGCUCGGCGUGGAAUCGGAGGCCGAGCAGCAGGAGUUCUCGCUGUACUGCAUCGUCCAGGGCGAUGCCUUCACCAUGCCCCUGGCCGCCGACGAGUAUAUCCUGGACGUGACCACGGAACUGCUCAAGUCCGGCCAGCCCUUCUACCUGAUCUUCUGCCGGUCGGUGUGGCACUUUGCUUUGAAGCGCGAACCGGCUCCCAUGCCGCUGUACGUGGAGGUGCUCUUCAAUCAGGUGGCUCCCGACUAUCUGGAGGGACUGCUGCUGGAGCUGCCCGGCAACGGAGUGCCCGUGCCGGAGAUGGUACGCGACAUGGCCCGGAUAGCGGCCCUGCUGCACCGAGCCGCCGACCUGAGUCACGUCCCUGCCAUGAAGGAGAUCAAGUUCUUGCUGCCCAAGCCGGCGCUGGGCAUACGCGAGAUCCGGCCCGCCCAGUGGGUGGGCCUGGUGCAGUCCGCCUGGCCGCAGGUGGCCAAUCUGAGUCCCGGCCAGGUGAAGGCCCAGUUCCUCAACGUUCUGGCCGCUUGGCCGCUCUUUGGCAGCAGUUUCUUUGCGGUGAAGCGCAUCUGGGCCGAGGAGGGGCCGCAUGUGGAGGAUAACCACAGCCCGAUGUGGCGAGACCUCAUCCUGGCGCUCAACCGGCGUGGCGUGCUCUUCCUGGACCCCAACACGCACGAGACCCUGCAGCACUGGAGCUUCAUGGAGGUGAUAUCCACGCGCAAGGUUCGCUCGGAGGACGGCGCCCUCUUCCUGGACAUGAAGGUGGGCAACCUGAUGCAGCAGCGCGUUAUCCGCGUCCAAACGGAGCAGGCGCACGAGAUCUCGCGCCUGGUGCGCCAGUACAUCACCAUGGCCCAGAUCAGUCAGCGCGACAAGCGGGAGCUCAACUAGGUCCUCGAGCAACGAAC